AUGUCUAUUUCUACGCUAAGUAGCUCUGAUAAGUCAAAGUUUUCUUCCUACAAAGAAAAACUGAGGUCCCUUUCUAUCAGUAAACAAGGAAAGCAGCAACCCGAAGAAUCAAAACAACCUAUUGAUUUUGACCCUGAUGCUAUCAUUGAUGACUUCUAUGCAGAUAAUAACGUCCCAGAAACAAAGUCAGAUACAGAGGUCAAUGGUGUCUAUUUGCACUAUAAGGACCGGCCAUUUCGCAUUAAGUUUACUCGAACAGAUAAAAAGGAUGAGCUUACAGUUGGACGACUUAAAUUGAUUGCUUCCAUGCUGCUCACUCCUGAGCUCAUUGACUCUAAGAUUGAGGAACUAAAGCCUAUUCGCAAGUACCAUAAAAAAAGCCAACUUAAAACAGUUAUCUCAACUGACUCUCUCCGCAACUGCUACAAGGACGAAUCUAUCCAACCUCUUGACAUUUAUUGCUUUGACCUAGCUCUCUAUGAAAAACAAUUAAUUGAUAACAAUCGAUCACUAGUUUCUUAUGGGGUUUACACUCCAAGUCACAUUUUUGUAACAGUUCGCGAGGAGGUUAAACUCCCUGGUAUGCGCGGCUUCAAAGCAAAAGUUUCGUCAAAACUAAACGGUGCUCCUGCUGAACGCAAACUUAGUACGAGCAGCACCCCUAAUUCUGUUCGCAGACCAAGUGCUGCUGUUCCUGAUCAAGCCCGCACUUUAUCUACUGCCAAUAAAAGUGCAUCUGUGACCUUGGAUUCUGUACCAAAAACUGUACCUGUAGCCGCUGCUGCAUCUACUACUGCUACUGCCAGUGCUGUGACAACUUCUGAUAACACUGAAGAAUCUAAAACAACAGAACCCGAACUAGAAAAAUCAUCUGACGAAGUAAAUGAAAUAACGGAACAAGAUGAAGCCGAUGCCAUUUUAGAAAAUGAAACAUCAGUAGCGUUAAAUGAUAACGUUGAAAAUGAAAUAUACGAGGAGAGACAAGAAAAUGAAGAUAAUACUGAUGACAAAGAUAAAGCUGAACCUGAAGAUGGCCUUAAUGAUGAAGUUUCACCGAAAGAAGAUAUUGAUAAAGAAACCGAUACUGAAAAUGGCGAAGCUUUUGAACCAAUUGAUGAAGUGAAAGAAAAAGGUACCGAGAAACAUUUGGAAAAUGCUGAAGAAAAGCUAGGACUUAAUGGAGAAGUAACUAAACUAAAUGGAACAUCUAAGAAAUCUACUUUUGGACCACGCAAAGAGAUUGACGACAUUUUGGCUGACGUUGAAAAGGACAUUGUUCCUGAGCUAAACGAGUUUAUUUCAAAUGUUCCAAAAGACGAAGACGAUAGAAUCCAUAACCACCUCGCCAUCUAUGAAAAUCUUCUUGACAAGAUUUCACUUUUGAAGGCUGUUGAUAUUUUGUCAGAAUUGGAAGAUGCGGAAUUACCCAGUGGAGAAGUGCCUUUGUCUGAAAAGCGCCGUCUUGCAAUCAAAACCAUUUAUCAGUACCUAGCCAAAACUAACAAGGCACUUCACGAUAGCGAAUUUUAA